UCGACUUGCAGAAGUAGACAUACACUGCGAUCAGAGAGUGCUUAGCUUUUACAAAUCGCUGCUUAUAUUUGGUUCAGUUACAGCGGGAUGAUGGGUGAUCAGACCCAGCACCCAGUUUUCUUUGAGUGUGAGAGUCUUAAAGAAGGACAUCUGACGAGAUUACAAAAAUAUUUCGGUAUUCACCGCAAAUCAGGCGGAGGAGAGUGCGGACCAGUGACGAGAGUGGACGAGAACGUCUACAGUGUGGUUUUCCGAAAUAAAAGAGAUCAGCAGCGAGUCCUUCAGAGAUCAGAGCAUGUUUUGGAUCUUGAAGAUCGUCGUUUGGUGAUCUUUGUCCGAGAAACUCUGGAAAAUGACACCUCUCACCUCACCACCCCCACUUCUGCUCCAGCAGAGCCUCCUGAGAACAUUACUGCCUCAUCUCUUCUACCAAGUGAUGAAGAGUAUGAACUACAUGUUGAUAAUUAUCUCCUUCGUUACCUGAAAGAAUGUCCUCAUGCUCAGCAAGAACUUGAGAACAUGCUUGGCUGUUUAGCCUGCUCUGCUGAUCUUUACUGUGAGGAGGGGAGAGUUUUAGUGAGGAGGCGAGCUCAACCUGGUGCUUCAGGUGAAGUUAGUGAUUGGAAAGCUGAGGUAGACGCUUUCUUUGGUGGCUACUUUUGCCAUUAUGAGAUAAACCCUGACAAAGUUGAAGCUUUGGUUCAGUCCAGCAGCUCUUGUCAGACUGCAGGUGAGGUGAAGGUGUACACAGAUGAGUCUGGGAAGGCUGUUGUUGUUGGAGAACUGUCUCUGGUUCAUGCCAGGUUGGUAGACAUUGAGGAACCUUCAAGUUUACGUGACAAUAUGGCAUCUCUGAGUUUGAGUGAGGAAAGCACAACCAUUGCUAGCUACAGCCUUUGUGAUGGGCUCCAGGUGUUUGUGUGUCAGGGUGACAUCACCAAGCAACACGCUGAUGCUCUGGUAAAUGCAGCCAAUCAGGACUUGGAGCACUCUGCAGGUGUUGCUGCUGCACUGAGUCGAGCUGGUGGUCCUGAAAUACAGAGAGAGAGUGAUGAAUUAGUGAAGUGUUUUGGGAAAAUUCCCAUAGGAGAAACAGUAGUGACCACAGGGGGUAACUUAAAGUGCAAGAAACUGCUUCAUGCAGUUGUGCCUGUAGGUGGAAAAGCAAGUAAGAGCGAUAAGAUGUUACUGGAGAAAACUGUGCAUUCUGCUUUAAAGUUUUCAGAAAUAAUGGAGUUUCAGUCCAUAGCCAUUCCUUGUAUCAGCUCAGGUGUCUCUGGGGUUCCUCUCACUGUGUGCACUGAGGCAACUGUUGCUGCUGUGAAGGACUUUGGCAGUGUGGGAGGUCGAAGUCUGAGGAAAAUCAUCCUGAUUGAUGACAGAGAGGAGGCGGUGAGGGCCAUGCAGGAACCAUGUGACAGGCUUCUCCAAGGGAUAGAUACACCUGAUGAAGAUACAGCAAGAGGAGCCACUGCCAGAGCUCCUGGAGGCAGAGUCCACAUGGAGGUUAUUCAGGGAUCGAUCGAGAGCCAACAGGUGGAUGCUUUGGUGUCUCCUAUGGUUGGCCAUGAUCCUCUCUCUACCCGUGUUGGAAAUGCUUUAUUUGAAGUAGCUGGACCCGAGCUGACCACAAGGUUUAGAAAGGAAGCAGAAGAUGAAACCAUGCCUGGUGACUCAGUACUGCUGGAGGACUUACCUGGACUUCAAUGUAAUGCAGUCUUCUUCCUCAAUCUUGUUCCCUGGGAUGGUGACCCAGACGGAGUUGCAGUCCAGGUCCUUCGAAUGGGCAUCAACACAAUCCUAUCUUCUUGUGAGAAGAAAGGAUUCAGAUCUGUCGCUCUUCCUGUCCUUGGUGCUGGGAUGGCCCUGCAAUUUCCUGUCAGUGAAGUGGAGAGGGUGUUAAUGGAGGAAGUUCAUGUAUUUGAAGAGGAGCGGGUGGGCAUCACACCAUUUCUGAUCCACAUCGUCAAUCAGCCCGAUGACGAGGAGACACACGAGGCAUCUGAUGUUGUCCAAACUGACAAAUUCACUCAAAAAGUCCAAGAUCCAGAUUCAACAACGAUGAGGGUGGUCCUGCUGGGAAAAACUGGAUCUGGGAAAAGUCACCUGGGUAACACCAUUCUUGGAGAGGAGCUCUUUGCCACUUACCCCUCUCCAAACUCUGGAACAUCUAAAUGCCAAACAGAAACCAAAACAGUCAGUGGAAGAAGCAUCACUCUGAUCGACACCCCUGGUUUCUUUGACACAGGAAGGUCUGAGGAAGAUCUGAAGCCUGAGAUAAUGAGCUGUAUUACAGAGUGUGCUCCUGGGCCUCAUGCUUUUCUCAUUGUGCUUCGAGUGGAUAAAUUCACAGAGCAUGAGCAGGCUGUCAUCACUAAGACAGUUCAGUAUUUCUCAGAUGAAGCUCUAAAAUAUGCUGUAGUUGUUUUCACUCACGGUGAUCAGCUCGACAAAAAGAUGAAAAUUGAAGAUUUUGUCAGUCAGAACAAAAAUCUGAGUGAUCUGGUGUCAAAGUGUGGUGGUCGGUGCCACGUCUUUGAUAACAAACACUGGAACAACAACCAGCCAAAUAACUACAGGAGCAACCAGUUCCAGCUGGAGGAGUUACUGAAAACAAUAGAAAAAAUGGUGGUCGAAAAAAACGGAGGCUACUACACAAAUAAAACGCUGCAACAUGUGGAGACAGCAAUACAGAAACGGGUUGAGCACAUUUCGUACUCAAUGCCAGAUAAAACUGCAGAAGAGAUCAGAAAGCAGGCUAAAACUGAUGUGUUUAACAGCUUUCUGACCAAACUGACAGGGAUUACAACAGGAGCUUUGCUCGGUGCUUUCUUUGGUGUAGCAGCAAUGGUUGGAUUAGCUAUCACAGCCAUGAAUAACGUAAUGUUAAUGAACGCUGUAAAAAAGGCUCCAGCAUUAAUGGGAGUGUCGGCAGCAGCAACAGGAGAAACAACAUUAGUAGUUGCUGGAGCCGCAAGUCUGGGGGCAGCAACUGCAGGAGGAGUAUAUGGUGGCUUGCUUGGAUAUGAAGCAGCUAAGGAUGCUAAGUCACCAUCAGAAGCUGCACAGAGAGCAUAUGAGGUUAUAGUGGAGAAAGGAAAGUCUUUUAUCAGGUUUAAGUGAGAUUUUUAUCAUUAUUAUCCAGGUAGUGGAAGGGAAAAAGCAUCUUAUUAUUUCUUGAUGUUCUUACACUACACAUAUUAGUACUACAUACAUCGAAGAAAACAUUUUAAUUAUCUGGUGUCAGUUUUGUUGGCAAAUAGCUGAAGAGAUCAGAAACCAGGCUAAAACUGAUGUGAUGUGAAUGAUCCAAAUGACAGGGAAUGAAACUGGGCCUUUGCGCGGUGUUUUUUCGGUGUAGUAACACUGGCUGAAUUUGCUAUCAAAGCUGUGAAGAACCCAGAACCGGUGAAUGUUGCAACAAAGUGUUUCACAUCAGCACAUGUGCCAGCUGCAGAAGAUCAAACAGCACAAAUAGUUGCUGGAGCAGUAGGCUUGGUGGGAGCAGCAGCAGCAGGAGGAGGAGGUGUCAUUGGAAAUGAAGCAGCUAAGGAUGCAGAGUCACUUUCAGAAGCUGUACAGAGAACAUAUAAGGCUGUAGAAG